AUGAUGACUUCGCGGCAACACUUAACCACAAACCCUAGUUCCAUUAAAACUAGGUUUGCUUAUCUGUUUCUACGAAACCUAAAGAGACUCAACAAAUAUCGACCCACUUCAUCAUCUUCGAGGGCGGUGUAUCAGCGAUAUGGCAUGAUUAAGUUCGCUGCUGAUGCAUCCAUGGCGUCUGCAGUCGGAUCAAGAAGAGCUUGGAGUCGGGCAACGCUGUUGAAGAUUCGAAAUCGUGCACUGAACUGUACUUUUCUUAAACGAAGAAGAAUUCAUGCCUUAAGGAGAAGAAGAGCGGAACGAAAGUCACGAAACCCUAGACAAGAGUGUGCUUUUGGUCAAGCCAACGAGCUUCGCAGGCUUGUUCCCGGUGGUGAGGUUAUGGAUAUAUGCAACUUGUUGGAUGAAACUGCACAUUAUAUAAAGUGCCUUAAUACCCAGGUACAGGUAAUGAGAAAUAUUGUCGAUUUCUACUCUUCUUGA